AUAAAUUACACGAAGAAGAAGAACAAGCAACACUUACAGAUGAACGGCAGGGGGUACAAAAAAAUUUUAAGAAAAUGACAGUUUGCAGUUAUUUUUUGCAAGGCCGCUGCCGGUAUGGCGAAAAAUGUUGGAAUGAGCAUCCGAGAGACGGCAGAGGAGGAGGAGGUGAAGGAUACAGCAACAGCUACAGUGAGUCUGCUCCGCGGCGGAGCAGAGAAGGGUUUGGAAACAGAGUUUGGGUGAAUCCAAAUCAGCGAUCAGGAAGAGGUUUUAUCCAGCCUCCAGCCUUCCCAUCUCAUAACGAUGACAGUUGGAAUCGCAGCAGCCAAAGAGGAGAUGUGAAGAGCUCCGAAUUCAGCUUUUCUACUCAGAAUCGAUUUUCAUCACUCAGCGGUGCCACGUCUUACGAUAAAGGUGGCAGAGGAGGAGCUGAAGAUAAAGACGAUGAGAAACUCCUCGAAACUGUUCAGUUGGACAUGGAGAGCUGGGAGAGUUCAGGGCAGUGGGGCUUCUCUUGUUACGCCUUCAUGAAGACACUGGUGUCAGGCUUCUCAGAUGUCUCUCCAGAAGAACUCCGGUUGGAGUUUUACUUGUCGAGAGUGACAGGAGAUCUGCAGAGCUAUUUCAAUGGCGUCAAUCAGCUCCUGACCCAGUGGAGAAGCAGAGUACAGGAACUAAAGGUUAUGAGCCCUCCUACCCGCAUUGCGUUGCUGAAAGAAUUACACAACACGGUGUCUCAGGGUUCUUCAAACAGCUUUGGUUCAACAGCAGCCACUGGAUUUGGUUCUUCGACAUCCAGCUUUGGAGCAGCAGGCUUUGGAGCUCCAGCUCAAGUCCAAGCCAACAGUUUCAGCUUCAAGCCUUCAAGAGCUGGAUUCGAUUCUGCGGCGGCACCAGCUUCCUCCUCAGGGUUUGCUGGAGUCACGUCAUCUUCAGCACCUUUUUCUGGCUUUGGUUCUUCCGCUGCCCCCUCAGCUGUUCCUUCGGCAUCGACAUUCUCUUUCGCUUCUCCGGCCACUGCAGGGCCUGUGUUCCCGUCCGGCUCAUCAGCCACUGCGGGGUCUGCGUUUUGCUCUGCUUCAGAGUUUAGUUUCUCCUCAGCAUCGAACAAAGUGGGAUUCGGGGGUGGUUUUUGGGCUGAAGCGCCCGUCGCAGCAGGGAGCAGCAGUGUAUUUGGACAGUCAAGUGGAGGAUUUGGAAGUGCUGUUGCAGCUGGAGCAGGAACUGCCGCAGGAACUCCAGGGGAGUUGUAUUCCCUCCAAAGUGCACUGACUGCAGAAGAAGUGAGCGAGUUCAAAGCUAAACAGUUCACUGUGGGACAGAUCCCGCACAAACCUCCACCAUCUGACAUACUGAUGGUGAAUUGAUGUGGUGGAAGAGUCACAAUCAUUUUAAAAUAAACACCCCGUGUGUAAACAGCUUUAAUCACCUACACAUAUAGAACUCAAGCUCCACCCUCCCAUACUGAAAAAUGAAGCCAGCAUGGUGCCAAAUAUUGCAGUUCAUUGAGUGACCACUUGAGGCUGGAUACAAGAGUCACUCCCUGUAGAUACUCAUGCUAAAAUUCCCAGCUUUACAGCAGAAAUAAACAUUUACCACCUGGCACAAAACUGGUUUGGUAUCUAAAGGUAGUUUCCCCUGAUCAACAAUGCAAGAUAUUUUAAGCUGUAAAGUUAUUAAUAUUUAGGGGCAUGGUCAUUUUUAAUGACAGUUUUGUGCUAGCAAGCCAAGUCCAGCGUCCCGUGAGUGUUGGCUGCUAGCUGCUGUGGAUUUAUUCAUGUUUGUCCUUUAUGAGCAUUUUAUUACAGAUAUCUGAGAUAAUAUGGCUUAAUUGCACUAAGGGACUAUCUAAGAAGUCUUUGCUGCAGUAUUUCCGUUAAGUGAAAAGUUAAAAUAAUUUAUUUUAUAUAUUAGCAUUUAGGGGGUGGUGGCCAAGUGGUUAAUGCACUUGGUUUCAGUGCAGAAGGUUCCGGGUUCAAAUCCCAUCCCCGCCACAU